AUGGCCCCAGGAAAGACGUAUCGAUAUAGAUUCUGUAAUGUAGGGAUGAAAAACUCCAUCAACGUUCGGAUCCAGGGACACAGCAUGAAGCUGGUCGAGAUCGAGGGGUCGCACACGGUGCAGAAUGUUUACGACUCGCUCGACGUGCAUCUCGGGCAAUGCUACUCCGCGCUCGUGACCGCGGACGAGGUACCUAAGGACUACUUCAUGGUUGUCUCGACUCGAUUUACAAAAACGGUACUCACGGCCACUGCGACCAUCCGAUAUGCGGGAGGGAAGGGCGGGCCAGCGUCACCGGAGCUGCCUGCAGCUCCGGUGGGGUGGGCUUGGUCGCUCAACCAGUUUCGGUCUUUUCGGUGGAACCUUACAGCGAGUGCCGCCAGGCCCAAUCCGCAAGGGUCGUAUCACUAUGGAAAGAUCAAUAUUACACGUACGAUCCGGCUCGUGAACUCUGCAGGGACGGGGCCCAAUGGGAAGCUUAGGUAUGGGGUGAACGGGGUCUCGCAUGUCGACCCAGAGACGCCCCUCAAGCUGGCCGAGUUCUUUGGGGUGGCCGAUAAGGUGUUUAAGUACGAUACCAUACAGGACGAGCCGGGCGCGAGCAGCAAUGUCGGGGAUAAGCUCACGCUUAGCCCUAUCGUUAUCAACGCGACUUUCCGAAACUUUGUCGAGAUAAUUUUCGAGAACCACGAGAAGAGCGUCCAGUCGUGGCACCUGUCUGGCUACUCUUUCUUCCCCGUCGCGAUCGAGCCAGGAACGUGGAGCCCGGAGAAAAGGAUCAACUACAACCUGAUAGAUGCAGUGAGCAGGCAGACGAUCCAAGUGUACCCGAAAUCGUGGGCUGCAGUAAUGACAACCUUGGACAAUGCGGGCAUGUGGAACUUGAGGUCCCUUGUCUUGGAGAGGCAGUAUUUAGGACAACAACUUUACAUUAGUGUUCUGUCACCCGAGAGAUCGCUUCGAGACGAAUACAACAUUCCCGAUGGCCAGCCAUUGUGUGGAAUCGUAAAGAACAUGCCACCACCCAAACCAUACAGCAUAUGA